AAAAGUUUGAAAAAUGGGUGGUAUGUUUUCAAAGUCACAAUCUUCAACUUUUCUCGAUAUGCCUAUGAGAAUUGCCCACCUAGUUUUGGAAAAAAUGGAUCCCAUGGAUCAAUUAUCGGCUCGUAAAGCAUGCCAAAAAUUGAAGACAGCCGUCGAUGAAGUCGGAAUCCGUUUUAAUAAAAUUACUAUAAAACUGGAAAAAGAUCUGAUCAGAGUGGAGUUGGAUGUAGACAAACCGUACGGAAAAUGUAUUCAAUACAGAGACGAAUCAACACUAAACAGGAUCGUCAAAAAUUUAUGGAACGGACAGCAAGUUGAUCCAGAAACAAUUGGUACGAUUGUGAUCUUUAGCAGUGGACGAAGAACAAGAAUAGAAAAAGAAAACUUUGUGCAAACAGUGUGUAGAGAUUUGAAGAUACUACUGAAGCAUGCAGAAAGCGUUGAAAUUCACAGUAAUCAGGCCCGGCGCGAGUGGCGCUCAUAUCGAAAUGACUACAUUGACAGACAUUUUACUACUGAACUCGCGAAAUUAGAAGAAUGUUUUCACAUAAAAGAAAUAUGCCUAAUCUCAUUCUGGGAAGAAUAUGUCUUAAGGAUGCUUUCAUUAUUUGAUGCUACAACACUGCAAAGUAUUGCAUUUUGUGAAAAUCCAGACCUUUCAUUUGAUAAGAUCAUCCAGCUGGAUCAAUGGAAGAAUAUAAAAGAGUUCAAACUUCGAAGGAGGGAUGGUUGGUUUGACAGUAAUAUGCUCGCCUAUUUGGUAGACCUUCAAAGUUUCACAAUUGAGCAAACAUGGCUCAGCUUUCCAAUUCAAUGUGUAGUUCAAAUUAGAGAUGAUGUCAUGAGAAGGAGUACAUUUCAAAGUUGCACUGUACAAUUUGGUUUACAUUAUACGGAGCGGAUUGAUUUUAUUGAAAUAGCAAAAGUAUUCAAACCGGAAUAUGCAGGUGGCAAUGAAUUUGAAAUUGUAUAUUCAAACGAUGACGACAAGUUUAUGAUUAAAUGUCAGAAGUUCCUAUCCAAUGAUUGGUGGGAUGGUUUCUGUUUUUGUGUGAAAAGAUUGAGUUCUGACGAUUUUCUUCACAUCAAAAAUUAUUUUGAUUCUAUUUUCAUUGAACCUGCUCUGUAAAAAACCGACUUUUUUACGUAAUAAAAU